AUGGGUUCUUAUUGGGAAAAAAUUGUGAAUAUUGAUUAUAAGACACAUCUGCUUGUGUCUUUAGUUUUUAGGUUAAUUUUAGUAGCUUAUGGUGUACACCAUGAUGAAAUAUCCAAAUUAAAAUACACAGAUAUUGAUUAUAAAGUGUUUACAGAUGCUUCCAGGCAUUUACUUGAAGGCCGUUCGCCUUAUGACAGACAUACAUACCGCUAUAGCCCUCUAGUGGCCAUAAUAUUAACUCCUAACAUACUUUUUCAUCAUAGUUUUGGUAAAAUACUAUUUUGUUGCAUAGAUAUAAUAGUAGCAGUUCUAAUUCGUUUAAUUGUAAAAAAUAAUAUCAAAGAAUAUGAUUGUUAUAGACAGAAGGACAAUAAGUUAGCUAAAAUUGAAGGUAGCAGCAAGUCAAAGAAAUUCAACAAUAAAAAUAAGAAAAAACUGCGUCAAUCUAAUAAACAGCAUAUGAAUUUAACUAGAGCGGAAUUAAAAUCUAAGAAUUAUGCCAGUUAUAGCGCAGAUUUGGCUAUGAUUGUGUGGUUGUACAACCCUAUUACUAUAGCUAUUGGUACUAGAGGGAAUUGCGAUACUUUGGCAGGAUUUUUGGUGGUUUUAACCCUCUAUUUUCUGCAAUGCAAGAGAUAUUCUUUUACCGCCGGUUUAAUUCACGGCAUUUCUGUCCAUUUCCGGCUAUAUCCUAUAAUAUAUAGUUUAACAUUCUUUAUGUUUUUGAGUAAAUACUCAAUUUAUACUACCGAAGAUCGUAGAAAAAUAAAAGCAGAUUUUAAUGCUAUUAAAGCUAAUGAUGGAGCAAAACAGAUAAAAAAUAUAGAGAAUACUCUAGUGCAGAGUUCAUCCAUGGGAGGACAUAAGUUAGUACCACAUGGUAUAGUAAAGACUGAAAGAAAAACUAUAUUUAGACAAGAAUAUCUCUUGUAUUUAAUUCCAAAUUUCGAACAGUUGAAAUUGGUGAGUGGCUGUAUUCUAUCAUUAUCGUUUCUAACUUGGUUGUUUUAUAGUUUAUUUGGUUACAGAUUUUUAUUUGAGACAUAUUUGUACCAUUUUGUUCGCAAAGAUCCCAAGCACAACUUUUCACUGUAUUUCUAUUUACAAUAUUUAACAGCUUGGGUGAAAAACAUUGGCUACUGGCAAAAAGCCUUAAUGGUUCUACCACAAUUAGUACUGCUGUCCGUUUUUUCAAUACGAUAUGGUUUAAAUAAGUUUUCUUUGAAUUUCUCAAUAUUGACACAAACCAUAGUGUUUGUGAUUUAUAACAGUGUCUUGACCUCACAGUAUUUCGUGUGGGUGAUGGCAGUGUUGCCAUUGUGCUUGUGGCAAAUCAGAUUGUCCACAAAAGUGGCUUUCAUACUGCUAGGCGUUUGGUAUGUGGCACAAUUGGUCUGGCUGUUGCCAGCAUAUUUGCUUGAAUUUCAGGGACAGAAUACUUUUUUGUACAUUUGGAUACAGAGCGUUUCGUUUUUCUGUGCCAAUAUUGCCAUUUUAGGUAGGUUGAUUAUGUAUUUUCAACCUUUGCAGGAAAAAAUUGAUUAG